GGGCGCGGACGCGGGCGGGAAGGGCUUCUGUUCCGGAGCCGGUGAGCAGCGCGGGGCGCGGAGGGGUUGGUCCCUCCUCGGGCUCCCUGCGCCCCAGUCACCUUCCCGCGACCCUUCCCGGGAGAGGCGCCCGGGCGAGUAGGGGGAGGUGGGAGGGGCGCGGGCGGUUACCUCAUCGGCUCGCUCCUCGCUCGCGCCGCCGGGCGAGGCGGCGACUCCGGUGCCGGCGGGAGAGAAGGACGGAGGGAGCGAGGCGCCCAGAGGCAGCACGGCCCCGCGCCCCGCUCCGCGGCGGGACCCUCGCGGCGAGGCAGCCGGGCUCAGCGCCCCGCGCUCCGGCGGCGCUCCAGUCGCGCUGCGGGCGGAGGCGGUGUCUGCGCGCGGCGCGGCGGGUCCGUGCUCCCCGAGCUUCGGCGCCCGUCCGCCCGCUCGGCUGUCUGUCCGCCCUCCCGCCGCCAGCUCCGCCCUCCCGGCCUGGCCUCCCGGGCCCCGGGUGCUCCGGGGGGCGACGAGGAGCGCGGCGGGGCCCGGGCGCCUCGGGCAGGGCGCGCGGGGCGCACACAGCGGCGCCGGCCCAUGAGGCUCCCCACGCGGGGCGCGGCAGCGCGCGCCGGCCAUGGGGGGCAGCCUGCGGGUGGCCGUGCUGGGGGCCCCGGGCGUGGGCAAGACGGCCAUCAUCCGCCAGUUCCUGUUCGGGGACUACCCCGAGUGCCACCAGCCCACGGACGGGCCCUGCCUCUACCGGCCGGCGGUGCUGCUCGACGGCGCCGUCUACGACCUGAGCAUCCGCGACGGGGACGGCGCUGGACCCGGUCAGAGACCCGGAGGCCUGGAGGAGUGGCCGGACCCUAAGGACUGGAGCUUGCAGGACACGGACGCCUUCGUGCUGGUCUACGACAUCUGCAGCCCCGACAGCUUCGACUACGUGAAGGCCCUGCGGCAGCGAAUCGCCGAGACCAGGCCGGCAGGCGCACCGGAGGCGCCCAUCCUCGUGGUAGGCAACAAGCGGGACCGGCAGCGGCUGCGCUUUGGGCCGAGGCGCGCCCUGGCCGCCCUGGUGCGCAGGGGCUGGCGCUGCGGCUACCUCGAGUGCUCGGCCAAGUACAACUGGCACGUGCUGCGCCUCUUCCGCGAGCUGCUCCGCUGCACCCUGGUGCGCGCGCGGCCCGCCCACCCAGCCCUGCGCCUGCAGGGGGCGCUGCACCCCGCGCACUGCAGCCUCAUGUGACCAAAUGGGACCGCGAAGCCGCUGGGGGAGCCGGACAGUUUGACUGGAGCCACCAGGGGCCUGGAUUGGAUGAGCUGGCCCAGCCUCUUUCGGAUUGGACGGGACAGCCUCCUCCCUGAUUGGAUGAGGAGAGCUCCCACCCCGUUUCCUGGGUGACAGGCCUUUCUUUGAAUUUCAUUGGGCCCAGGCAGGCCCCCAAGCCUCAUCAGACAAGAUGAGGACUUUCUGGGGCAUCAUUGAGCCACGAGCCCAAGGAACUUGACUGUGAAUCUGAUUGGAAGCUCGCAGGCUGCUCCUGGAGCCUCAUUGGACCAAGUCUUAAGCCACACCUCCCGGGAGAUAAUAAAGAGGGAAACG